GACAUCCGGCAACAGGUUUGAAAACUUCAUUCGCCGAAGUUUGAUGCCCGUUUGCGCAUCUCGUGCCUCUUUCUCGGCACAGUUAAAUGCGCUGGCUGUGAUGUCUCCAGACGUGCGAUAAUCGACUGCGUAUUCACCUCAAGCGCCGAAGUUAUACCAGAAAGGGAAACGACCGUGGGAGUGGUGUGAAACCGUCGGUUAGGCCUAGCCGCAGCUGCCGGGCAGUCGACAUGGGUUGUGCUGUGAGUACCGCCGCCGACAAGGAGGCUGCCGAGCGUUCCAAAAAGAUCGACAGAGAUCUUCGAGCCGAUGGCGAAAGGCAAGCGAGGGAAGUCAAGCUUCUACUGCUGGGUGCUGGGGAGUCUGGAAAGAGCACCAUCGUUAAACAGAUGAAGAUAAUCCACGAGUCUGGGUACACGGCAGACGAAUGCAAGCUCUACCGGCCCGUGGUGCACAGCAACACCAUCCAGAGCCUGCUGGCCAUCAUCCGUGCCAUGGGGCAGCUCAAGAUUGACUUCAAGGACCCCAGUCGAGCUGAUGACGCCCGCCAGUUCUUCACGGUGGCAGGAGCGACGUCGUCCCAAGAGUGUGACAUCACACCGGAGCUGGCCUCGCUGAUGAAGCGCCUCUGGCAGGACCCAGGGGUGCAGCACUGCUUUGCCCGCUCACGGGAGUACCAGCUCAAUGACUCGGCCUCAUACUACCUGAAUGCAUUGGACCGCAUCUCGCAGCCAAACUACACACCGACACAGCAGGAUGUACUACGAACAAGAGUCAAGACAACGGGCAUUGUCGAGACACAUUUUGUCUUCAAGGAGUUGCACUUCAAGAUGUUUGAUGUAGGAGGCCAGCGGUCCGAACGGAAGAAGUGGAUUCACUGCUUUGAAGGUGUGACGGCCAUCAUCUUCUGCGUGGCCCUGAGUGGCUAUGACCUCGUAUUGGCCGAGGACGAGGAAAUGAACCGGAUGAUUGAGAGCAUGAAGCUGUUUGACUCCAUCUGCAACAACAAGUGGUUUGUGGACACGUCCAUCAUCCUCUUCCUCAACAAGAAGGACCUCUUCGAGGAGAAGAUCACCCGGUCACCACUGACCAUUUGCUUUCCAGAGUACACAGGCAGCAACACGUACGAAGAAGCGGCCGCCUACAUACAAAUGAAGUUUGAAUCGCUGAACAAGCGCCGGGACACCAAGGAGAUCUACACCCACUUCACGUGUGCCACUGACACCAACAACAUCCAGUUUGUGUUUGACGCCGUGACUGACGUCAUCAUCAAGAACAAUCUGAAGGACUGUGGUCUCUUCUGAACGCGAGAAGGCAACGUGUCGACGGCCCCCCUCCUCCCAACAGCAGGAUCACUGCCUGUUACUGUUGCCAAAGCCACUUGCACGGUGGUGUCAGAUGAAACUGGACGGUGACCUGCAGUCUUAUGCACCGGGUGUUCCUGUGGACGUGAAGCGAGUGGACUGCCAAAGAAGAGGGCAGGGAUGCUCCUUGAAGGCACGUGGUUCUAGCCGAGGCGGGAAUUCUUGUGCAAUGCUGUCGCUUGCAUGAACUGCAUUUCUUUUAUAUCUUAUGCCUUGUGUUCAGCAGUCACAGCCGCAACAUUUAUCUUCUUUCUAGCCACCCCUUCUAGGCCCUUUUAUUUUAAGCAUUACUUAAAGCUUGCAACAAACAUGCAAAAUAAGAAAGGAGAAAUGACCUGAUUCUGUUGCGGCAAUAAUUUACAAAGGCAUGGCAUUUAUUUUUGUUAUUACGGUUACUUUUUAAGUAAGGGAUCAAUUCUUCUCACUGUUGCGUGUUUUUUUUUUCCCUUUAAUCUUUUCUAGCUGUGAGCAGAAGAGCUUAGUUUCCAAGUCCUCACUCUGUUACCUUCCUCCCUGCAAGUGUGUUGUGUGUGUAUUAUGGUAAGGAAUUCAUGGACCCAUUUGCUGUGCCCUCUCACUUUCCUCUGUGAUGUAGUUCGGUUGUUGAGAAUGCAGUCGUGUCGUACCUGCCAAGGGUUCCAAAUCUGCCAUGUUGCACGAAUUGCAUUGAGAUUCUUGCAAGAAUGUUUUACACCACCGAUGAGGCGACGUGGCCAAGUCUGAAACCAAUUGAAAUGCUGCAUGUGUUGAUGACAUAGAUGGUAGGUUGAAUGCAAAGGUGAAAAUACCUUCAUUACAUCUUCUAUUCGCCAUGAGCACACAUUUGUUGUGUGUUAGGGAAAUUCCACAUACAUUUGGUCACCGAAACAUGCCCACACCAGCUGUUCGCAAUGCAUGCGAUUUUCAAGGGACUUGCUUAGGUCUACUACAGUUUGCCAUGUUCCACAUUUUGUGGCGAGCAGUAAGUAUUCGCUUGUGACAUGCGGCAGUUUUAUGUCUGCAUAAUGGUGGGACAAUGCUCGGGCUGCUUAUUUAGUUGUUUUUGUUUUUAUGUAAUAGUUGAUGCCCUCAAGGCCUAAGGCACUACAAGGGGAGGGUUUUAUACCUGUGUUAUUAACAGAAAGAAGUUAAACAUGUCAGUACACAAGUUCUUGGUUAUAAUUUUAUAUCUUAAUGGUAAGUCCUUGCUAGAAAAGUUAUGAAAAAGGUUUGUGAGGGACAAAUGAAUGCUUUUUUUUUGCAAGCCUUAGUUGACAGUGUUAGCUGAACUGUUAUAGAAACACAGGCUGUCCUGGUUGCCAGCUGCUGAGCUAAAGGCUGCUUGCAAAGUUUUGUCUGAAAUGAACUUAUGCCCACUUAAGAUGAUUGUGGCAGUAAGCAAAGGGAGGCUAGUAGUGUGAGAUACUGAACAAUAAAACUUACUUGUUGUUGGGCUGGUUGGUUAUUCAUCAUAUUGUAAAAUAACUGGCACAACUUUGGCUCCCGCAAACCCCUAUACAAUCACUUUCAUCCACCCGAGCGCUGAGUGUAGUGUGUGUUUCUCGGAAGGAUGAGUGAAUUAUUGUAUGAGUGUUUGCUAGAGUCAAAGUUAUCAAUCAAUUCAGUCAAUUAUCUGACAAUAUGAGAUACUGGAAACUGCAGAAAAUUAUUUAUAAGCACGAAUACAGAACUUUUGGUUUUGGCUACAAUUUUAUCUCAUAUCUAUUUACAGGUCAAUUGUACAUUAUUAUAAUGAGGUUUUGAACACAUGUGUCUCUAUGAGAUUUUCGAGGGGAAUUUGUUUAUCUCGUAAUAUCCGUGAUUUCAUUAUGCAGUCAAUCUUGUUUGUAAUCGGCCUGAUGGUCAUGCUGUUGUGUUUAAAUAUGAAGUUCGUAGUUAGUAUGCAUGCAAUAUUACUGAUAAAAAUGAAGAGUCUAUUAAGAACAGCAUUGAUCUUUUUACAAAGUUCGCUAUAUCUCUUAGCUUUUUUAGUGUGCACGCAACUACAGCAUUUAAAAAAAAGUGUGGCCGUAUUCUCCGCUCUUAGACCAUUGUUGCCAAAAUGCUGUUGUGGGCAGCCGCAUGCAACUGACUGUGGUCGCUCUCAUGGCAUCUGGUAGCAGGUCAGGAUCCUCAAUGUUUUUGCGAGAGGCCUUGCCUUCCGAUUGCACUUUGUAUGCAAUGACUUUGUACUGUAUGGGCCUGCUGUUAAGGCAUCGUUGUAGGCACCUGCGAAGUCUUUCCGUGUGACAUUAAAUCUGGGUGAAGAGCAUGCCAUUCAUGUGCUGCUUUACUCACGUUCAAGUGUAAUAUCAAUAAAUGGCUUCACCCGUUGUUCCUGGGCCUUCGAACCUCACCCUAUGGAGUCUUUUCCAGAGCCAAGUUCAACGGAACAUGUAGCCGUUUACUGAAGAAAAAUGAUUGGAACAGUGAAUGUCACCGGAGCCGACAUUUCAACAAGUGGACUUGUGUUCGUCAAGGCAGCCUCUCUCUUGUGCAUUCGUCGUCACUUUAAUCCAGCCAGCCUGAACCUUUUUCGCAGUGGUGCACAUGUAAACAUAGGCGUGUGCUUCAUAAAGAGUGGAAGGACGUUGGGUGGUCGUGAGUCACGAACCUUUGCAGUCAAUGCCCCUAUGAAAAGUGUGAAUGCAAGGAAGCGUGGUAAAGUUUACAACACCUCCACAUUUGCUCUAACCUAAAUGUGUGGCCGCCGUUGUUCAUUGUAUGCGGGACUCCGAGCCUCUGUUUUAACGCAUAUUUCGACAGUAGUACCACCAUUGUGCAUGAUAACUUGGGAUUUUCGUAUUACUGUGGCCAUCCUAACUAGUUCAACUGCAUCCCUCAGUGUGGCGACGUUUGAGAGUAUUCGACUGGACAACGGCAAAAAUUUGUUGCUUUUGCUUUUUGUUGCUCCGUGUUGUUGCCCUAUACUUGAGUGCAACGCCGCAGAAUCGGUCGCUUGAAUAUCGUGUCGUGCAGGUGCCUCCUAACGCAGAAUUUUUAUCCUCUGCGUGUGUCCAGCAUCGAGGCACCUUGUUUUGAGGCAGAUUGUGCUUUCUCCCAGCAGCAUGAUUUAAUUAUGGCAGUGAAGAUUGCGUAAGCCUCUUUUCGGAAGUGCAGUUUUUUACCCAGCUCAUUAUUUAUAGUGACUCCAACCGUCACGCCUUUGCAAGGGUUGGUACAAGUAAACAGAGAAGGUUUACUGUGAUAAGUGUCAAUAAAAGUAAUCAUGUCCAAAUUAUGUGUGGCGUGCAUUUUCACUACCCCUCUCUGGAUCUUGGCAGGUAUGCACUGGGCUGUCAUGUUGGAAUGCAAGGACUGCUAUUUAUGCAACCCCUCAAAACAAACAGUGCCUUUCCCGACUACUGAUAUCGUCGAGUGGACCCUGCUUUCAAUUACAAUCUGUAAUUGCUCAGUAUUGGUUGUCAGUGUUGUGACCGAGCUGGGCCUUGUUCUGGUCAUGCAGAAUUUCCUGUAUGCCCUGCUUUUGUCAACCUUUGCUGUGAAUUUCGUCUGGCUCUUCUGCAUUAGUGGUAAAAAAGGAAAUUUCGGAAGCGGUGGCCAUCUUUCUUGUUGGCACGAGUAUUUGGUAAUGAGGGCCUCACCUGUGGCAGUUUGUGCCUCACACCAUUCAGUAUGAUUAAACCAAUAUGUCGACCAGUUUUUUGUUACGAUAAAAGUUUCAGGGACACUUCGGGCUAAACUUUGGUGUCUGCAUUAAUUUGGUGAUUUGUACGAAGUGUGAUCACACUGAAAUCCGGGGAAAGCUUGUGCUCUCUUUGGGUGGCACCCAGGCAAGGGAGGCAACCGUUCCUGACUGGGUCUGGAACAGUUCUGCGUAAGAUGGAAAUAGCGAUUUUAAAGGUUGAGUGGGCCAAGUUUGCUGGUUGCAUCUUGUGAUUGUCUCCAAUGGCAUCCUGGAUCUCUGCAGCCCUUAUCAUGACAGCUGGCAUUAUCGCAAAGAAGCUAGAAUGCUGAGUUUACUCACCUCUGUAUGCCACUUGUCUGUAAUCACCAACUGUUUGUUCAUGUCUGCUCGUGCAGUUUCAGACAUGAUGUUCGUUGAUUUAGUUAGCACAUGAAUGUGUGCCAUCACAUAUGGCUAAAGAACUACAAAUGCUUGUAUAGCCGUUUCAUGCCCUGCUCAGCCCUUCAGGCAAAUUUAUGGCAUUUUUGUUCAUGGAAUUAGUAGCCAUGUGCCAAAAUGUGUUUGCACGGGAUGUGGUAAGAGAAAAAAGAGAGAAAAAUGAGAGCUUGUUUUCUCUGCUUCUUCUUGGCAGCAACUUGGUCCGAGUGCACAAAUGUCUGUAUGAAGCCCCAUCUUUAUUUAAGUGUUGCAGAUGGGCAUUGUUUAGACUUCGUCGUUUUUCGUUAAAUAGCUGUAGUUGAGUCUAUUGCAGCUUUCUCUGCUAUAUAUAUUUAUUUUUAGUGAGUGGCUUCUGAAGCACAUUUCACAUGAGCAUAUUUUCACAUUGCGGUAAUACCAGCAUACAACUGCUGCACUAAAAUUGAUGAAGUGGGUCAAAGCAUUGUGUAUUUGUUUCCUCCACUUGUGCUUCCUUCUUUUACUGCUCUGCCCUAUGUGCAGUAGUCACCCUCACAGUAAUGGUAGAUGUCAUAGAUGUCUUGUGGCACAUUGGCGACAGCUCUAAGGUUCAGUUCAGAGCAUGUAAAAACACGUGGGAUUUCUCGGUACGCUUCAGGAGCAUUUCUAUCGUGUAGCCAUUCUUUUACAGCUGGUGCUUGUUUGUGGAUCCAAUUUCCUAUCUGCUGUUCAUUAUUUGGUGUUGGAAUGUAUGCUUAAUACAUUGCAGUUACUCGCCAUAUUCUUGCGAUACUAUUACUAGUACCGUGACUUGUCACUACCAGCUGGAUUCGUCCUUUGCCAGACCUUUUUGUUCUGGGGCACAUUGGGGAAAACGUGUCUGGAAAUGCCAGAGCAGAUAGAUUGUUUUUACUGUGGUAUAUUCGGAAUUCGGUGGUGCAAUAAAACGUAAUAUUCUAGUUUGCUUAUAGAGCCCUGUUUUUGUGAAACAUUAAACAAGUCUCUUGAAUGCAAGACAUAGCCUUGCAUUCAAGCUGUUCAUGAUGGUGAUGUCCUGUAAGAACGACGUUAGUCCUCACAAGAACUGCUACAGAUUGUGCGUGAAGAUUUAUUAGUCUUGGUUAGGAUUGAAAACCAAGUGAGUUGGCAAGUGUUUACGUGUAUGUGGUACUUGAAGAAUGAAAAAUGACCUCUUGAAAACUGACUCGCUGCCUUUUGUUCACUUGUGAAGCACUGAACAUGCAGUUCCGACGUGAAAUUUAUCGCCCAACAUGCGUGUGGGUCAAAAAACUAUUUCUUGUACAUAAACUGCCGAUUGUACUUGAAAACAGUUGAGGCAAAUGUGCCUAAUGUUGAUGAGUCAUACUUGAUCGCCACUGUAGGAGCAGGCAUGUUAUGGCACUUUCACGUAAGCAAGCUGACUGUUAAGGUCAGCAUGUGCUCUGUCACUGCUGCUAGCCAUUGGAGGGUUUCGUAUGGUUGCAUUAUGUAUACAUUGCACGAAGCAUUGUUGAUGCAAGCAGCCUUCCACACGUGAGCAGUGUAUUUUCACUGCUUACUUUGUAUAUUUUUAUUAUUUCGUCGUCAUAUAACAUUACUUAAUAUACAAAGAGUGCAACCUAGACAUAGUUACACCAUAACUAUGGAAGUAAUAAACAAGGACAGAAAAGAGCGCUGCAGCGUUCUUUUGUGUUCUUGUUUAUUACUUCCAUAGUUACGCUGUAACUACUUCUAGGUUGCGCUGUUCGUAUAUUCAGUUAUGUCCUACCAUCUUGCCAAAGUUUCCACGCUUUAUAUGACAUUGGUUUGAGGUGAGCAAAAUGGUCGGCCUGCGAGUUUUUUUCUUGCUAAAUGCACCACUCCACUGUGUAUCCUUCCUUGUCGUCAGUCCAGCAGUCUGCACAGGCCACUUGUCCUUGCAUUUAUACAACUAUGUUUGUAGGCAUGGCUGUGUAUUUUCUUAGAUGUUGGUGAUCGUUCAAUCCCAUAGAAAAAAAUGCAGGUAAUAUCAACUUACUUAAUUGCUGUUAGCACAGUUCAGGUUGGCCUGCACACAAGGCUUCCCUGGCUCACUACAUUUGUAACCUUUUCCACUUUUGGCCGAAAAUCCCUGGUUGUUGGAGAUAUCUGCCAAUUUUACUGCAAUUUUUGAUGUUCACCUUUGUUGUCGGUGUCGGAUGUCUUGGCAAAAAGUUGCCUAGCAUUUAAAGACAACUGUGGGCUUUCUGCAAACAGCAUGCUGAUGGGCAUUGCUUGCACUAGUCAUUGUGCACAGAUUUAAUUGGUGUUCUUAUAAAAUCAAGAAUGUGUGAGUGAGAAAGAUGGACUCGAUUAUUUUAUUUGAUUCUGUAUGCUUAAAACCAGAGCUUCUAGUUUCAUCACCAAUAUGUGUACCAAAAUCUGUAUUGGGAGAAUGGCCAAUCAUUCGAAUUUUUGUUAGACCACUGCAAUCCUUGAAAAGUAAGAAAAAAAUAUUGCAGUCUUUUUAUUUUCUUUGCCAGGAAUAAAUAAAUUACCCGAAACAUAGGCUGCUUAAAACAUUGUCAAGGUUUAUAUGCCAACACCAUCGUAUGAUUAUGUAAUGAGGGAGUCAGUAUUAACCUUCGAUCACGUGGGGUUUUUAACAUACGCCUAACUGUUUAGCACAUAGGUGUCUAUGCAUUUUGCCCCUGUCGAGAUGUGGUUGCCAUGGCCAGCCACGAAAUCCAGGUCCUCUAGUUGACAUCUUAUUUGCUAUCAAAGGUGUUGUUUUAAGUGAGGGAUGCUAAGCAAGCCAAACAUACUAGCUAUUUGAAAGUGUGAUAACAAAAAUUGUUGUUUUAGUACACUUCGCAUGAUUUAUAAUCAAACUGAAGUUUCUUCAAAUUAUCUGACUAUGUGUGUGAGCUGUUUCAAAACACCUUGCAAAGUGAGUGCGCUAAAGGCUGCAUGAGGUAUGGUUGUUGAGUAGAGAAUGUCACUGGAGGUAUUGUUUCGACUAAAGGACUCAACUUCACCAGGACUGCGAUUGCCUUCUGCUCUCCCGCUGAGGCUGAGGGAGCAAGGCAUGCAUAAAAUGCUGCUGAAGAAGAUUACCCUGACCAACACAAAUACUCUUGCUGGCCCCAUGGACAUUAUCACUUCAGACCUUUCUGUGAACUUCUCCAAGGUGUAGUCAUAAAAUUGGCAUUUCUGCAUACUUCCUCUGCGUUUCAAGAUGAAUGUGCGCAACUAUAGGUGGUUUUGCAUGCUGCUUGAUAUUCCCAAAAUGUUCUUUGAAGAGGCGGUGCUCAUAAUACUGAUUGGUUCCCAUGUAAAGGUAAACCUUGAUCGUAAAGGGAAUGCCAGGCAGUGCAAAAUGAAGUGCCAGAAACAACCGCCUUUCAAGCAUUGUUACUUGCAGCUCUUUCCUAGCAGUGGGUUAAGAUUCAAAAAUAAGAGAUCAACAGUUGCCCUUUUCUGUUGGCAUUUCGUUGCUUAAAUUAGCUGAUUGAAUUAAUUCAGAACUUCUUCACAGUGCAAAAUUAAAUGAGCAAUUUACAACAUACUAGUAAACACAGUCGGCAUAAAGUGCUCCGCUGCCCCGCCGUGGUGGUCUAGUGGCUAAGGUACUUGGCUGCUGACUCGCAGGGCGCGGGUUCGAAUCCCGGCUGCGGCGGCUGCAUUUCCGAUGGAGGCGGAAAUGUUGUAGGCCCGUGUACUCAGAUUUGGGUGCACGUUAAAGAACCCCAGGUGGUCUAAAUUUCUAGAGCCGUCCACUACGGCGUCUCUCAUAAUCAUAUAGUGGUUUUGGGACGUUAAACCCCACAUAUCAAUCAAUCAAUAAAGUGCUCCGCUGUAGCCAAGAUUUUUUGCUAUAUUUAGCUUGCACAGCCAGUGCGAUGGCAAGCAGUGCCCUUAAUCGACUUUUAUGGAGCAGUUUUAAUGGUUGGAAACAUAGCGGUGGCAGUGGUUAUGCAAUUUGUACUGCGCAGGUCACUAUGUGCUAUGUCAAUGGCUCAUUUGCAGCUAGGCGGGUUAUGGCGUGCUAAUUCUAAGCUCAAGUUUUCAAUCCUAGGCGGUGUAUAAGAAUGGGUAGGUACCCCAAGACACCAAAAUAAAUUGGAGCGUGCCUCAUAGUGUGGCUUCUGCAUGCAAAUUGCCAGGACUAUGUUAAAUUGAGCAAACAUUAGUAUAACGUGAAUUGGUUCUAGGUGCACUUGAGGUCACAUUCAAUGUUUAGAUUUUAUUGUAAUGGGUGAAUUCAUAAUGUCCUCACUGGAUGUAGGUUGACAAUUUUUAUUUGUCCCCAUUGCUUAUCAUUUACCAGAUUGUGUUGCUAGUCUUUCUAUGGUUCUGUGUUUGUGGUGUUUGAGGACAUUUCUCUCAUAUUUCAGUAUUCGGAUCAGGUUAUUCUUGUGCUUUGUGCAGUGCCUGUUGGAUACUUUUAUUGUCAGUCACUGCCAGCAGAUACAUGGAUGUGGUGAUUGCUGUGCUCGUGUUCUAUCAUCGCCAACCUGGUAUUUUUUAUCACUUGUCGUAUUCAAUGACGCUAAAUGUUGUGUUACUUCCGGAGUCGCAAAUGGACAGUCUGCCACCUUAUUGCCGCCUGAUGCAUGAUCUCUGAAGUACUGAGCGUUGCUUAUAUAUAUUGAAUAACUUUUCCCUUUGAUGCAGGUGUGGUCACAUGGUCAUGUACAGCUAUGUGACUGUAGCAUUCAUUUCUAAAUACCCUACCUUUGUUGUAAAGCUUCGUAUUCCAUGUCGUAGUUGAAUUUAAAGUGACAUUUUUACAUAUUCUAAAUUCUGCAUUUCUUUUGCUGCAGGUGACUUCUUGUGACAUGCAUUUCUACAAAACUAAAUCGUGCUUUCUCUUUUUACAUUGCUUUCACUUAUUGAUUGUUUUCAUGUCAAAAAUUGAUGGCCAUGCUAAGUGAUGUCUGUAUGCAGCCACAGCUUCGUCUAGGACAUUUGAGAGGUGAAAUUUAUUUCGUUUAGAUGUGGCAUGUCUUGGCUGCCUUGAUAAAGUCCUGGAAAGUAUUCACAAACCAAACGGAUACUUGUAGUGUGCCUGCAGUGUGUGCGUCUCCUAGCCUGGAAAUGCAUUCCCUGUUUGCUCUCAAAUGGGACCUCGUUGAGGUCGCUCAUAGUUUUUGCUGCUGGGUAAAGUUUCCAACAUGUGGCCAUCUUACACUGCAUGCAAGCUGCUGUUGCGAUGAGCAUUGAUGCGUGCUGGAAGGUCUGUAUGUUUGCAGCACUUCCUCACAGAUGUGUAUUAUCGCUUCUGCUCAGUUGAAGUUGUUGUGUAUAAAAGAAAUGAUGUUAUUGUACACAGGGCACCAUCAUGUAUGUAUGAGCAAUUGUAAUUCACAAUGAAAUGAAAUGGUUGUUCUUGUA